AUUGACAGGUGACAGCCAAAAAUAAUAAAAAUACGCGCAUUCUUUGAAAAAGAAUAUUUAUUCCAUAAUUCGCAUAGAUAUUUGUUUAAUUAAAUGCAAGUAGUAUUUAUUAUACAUUAAUCUUAAUUUCUACUUAAUUCCAUCAACAAAAAUGUUCUACCACAUAUCAUUAGAACACGAAAUCCUCUUGCAUCCGCGCUAUUUUGGACCACAACUCCUAGAAACAGUCAAGCAAAAGUUAUACACCGAAGUAGAAGGAACAUGUACUGGCAAAUACGGCUUCGUUAUUGCAGUAACAACAAUCGAUCAAAUCGGCUCUGGUGUCAUUCAACCUGGCCAAGGGUUUGUUGUCUAUCCGGUGAAAUAUAAAGCAAUAGUGUUCCGUCCGUUUAAGGGAGAAGUACUCGAUGCUGUUGUCAAACAAAUUAACAAAGUCGGUAUGUUUGCGGAAAUCGGUCCUCUAUCUUGCUUCAUUUCGCAUCAUUCCAUUCCCGCUGAUAUGCAAUUCUGUCCAAAUGGAAAUCCUCCUUGUUACAAAUCCAAAGAUGAAGAUGUUGUAAUUUCUGGUGAGGAUAAAAUUCGACUGAAAAUCGUGGGAACACGUGUGGACGCCACAGGAAUUUUUGCUAUUGGAACUUUGAUGGACGAUUACCUUGGUUUGGUGUGCAGCUAAGACUUAAGUGAUACCUUGCAUUUGUGUUUAUUUUUUUAGAAAGUGUAUUUAAUGAAAUUAAUCAAAAAUUAAAGACGAAUCUAACCGUAACAAGUAGUAUAAUA